UGUCUAUGACAUUUCAGCCGCCAUCUUUCUUUGGUCAAAGACAAAAGGCCGGUCUUUUUCGCUCGAAGCGUCUGUUGUUUCAACGCGGAAAAUUGGUAAAUGAUGGCAGCAAAUAAUUAUUUUGGGUUUACUCAUGGAGGAACCCAAUACGGCGCGGCAACUGCUGGGGCAGCAUACGGCGGUCAAACUGGGUAUGCUGUAGCCCCAGCGGCGACCGCAGCGACUUACGGCACCCAGCGUGCAGCAGCCACCGGGUAUGACACUGCGUAUCAGGCCGCAGCUGCCACACAAGGUGGUUGGCCAGCAGCGGCGCACGCGCACGCGCACGCUGCGGCGGCGGCCGCGUCGGCCUACGACGCCAGCAAGUCCGCCUACUACCAGCAGGCCGCGGCCGCGUACCCCGCGGCCGCGCCGCCGCAGCCGCAGCCCGCCUACGACACCGCCGCCAAGCCCGCCUACUCCACCAAUGCUACUUACACGCAGCACGCGUUCGGGUCUCAGACGGGCGCGCGCGCGGGCGCAGGCGCGGGCUCGAGUGCGGGCGCGAAGGCGUACUCGGGCGUGUACACGCACGCGCACUCGCACUCCGCCACCACGCCCGCCGCCUCCUACCCCGCGCAGACCUACACCGCGCCGCAGCCGCAGCCGCAGCCUCAUCCGCCCAAACAGACAGCUAACAGAGGAAACACUGCCUACGAUACAGCUCUGUACAACGCGGCCACCAUGUACGUCGCGCAGCAGACCAAGACCGGCGGCGGCGGAGGCUGGAAGAACUACAACAAGGGUGGCGUGGGCGCGGGCCAGCAGCGGCGCUCCAAGCCGCCGCCGAAGGCGCAGCAGCUGCACUACUGCGACGUCUGCCGCAUCUCCUGCGCCGGCCCGCAGACGUACAAAGAGCACCUGGAAGGACAGAAGCACAAGAAGAAGGAGGCGGCGGUGAAGCUGGCGGCGGCGGGCGCAUGCGCGGCGGCGACGCGCGCGGCGGGCAGCGCGGCGCUGCGCUGCGAGCUGUGUGACGUCACGUGCACGGGCGCGGACGCGUACGCAGCGCACGUGCGCGGCAUCAAGCAUCAGAAGGUCGUCAAGCUGCACACUAUGCUCGGCAAGCCCAUACCCUCCACCGAGCCCACCAAGAUUGGCGGAGCCAAAAAGACGGUAGCCGGCGCACCCAAGAUCGCGUUCGUGGCGUCGGGAGGGCUCAGUACCGUGGCCAACAAAGACGCGCCCGCAGACUCCGCCAAGGAGGAGGACGACGACGCGGAGCCCGAGCCCGAGGUGCAGCCGGUGGGGCAGGACUACAUCGAGGAGAUCCGCGGCGACGACGGCAAGGCGCUCUCCUUCAACUGCAAGCUGUGCGACUGCAAGUUCAACGACCCCAACGCCAAGGAGAUGCACAUGAAGGGCAGGAGGCAUCGCCUCCAGUACAAGAAGAAGGUGCAGCCGGACCUGGAGGUGAAGGUGAAGCCGUCGAUGCACCAGCGCAAGCUGGCGGAGGCCAAGGCGCAGCGCAUGAUGGUGCGCGACGAGAUCUGGGCGCGCCGACGCAUACACGACGGCAUGGAGGAGGAGGAGCGCGGCUACUGGGAGGGCAUGGAGCCCUGGGGCUGGCGCGGGCCGCCGCCGCAUCACCACCAUCACCACCACGGCAUGGGCAUGGGCAUGGGUAUGGGGUUCGGGCCGGUGGGGCGGCGGCCGGAGACCGCGGACGACCGCCACGUGCUGGCCAAGCAUGCGGAGAUCUACCCGCCGGAGCCGCAGCUGCAGGACAUCCAGCGCUGCGUCUCGCACACGGAGAAGGCGCUCAAGUCGCUCUCCGACGCUCUGCACGCGCAGAACAACAAGGCUAAGGCGCAACCCGGCAAAGCUACGGUGAAGGUGGAGGACAAGAAAGACGAUAAGGAAGGCAAGGAAGACGGUCGCGACAACCAACUAUUCUCAUUCGUGGGCGAGGGCGAGAGUACCGCGGCGCCCAACACGAGCGGCACUUCGGAAAGCCGCGCGCUCAAGGGCGUGAUGAGGGUGGGGCUGCUGGCCAAGGGGCUGCUGCUGAAGGGGGACCGCGACGUGCAGCUGGUGGUGCUGUGUCACGACCGGCCCACUGUCACCUUGCUCAAGAGGGUGGCUGCUGAUCUGCCCGCACAUCUCAACAAGGUUAAGGGCCCCGGCGACGAGCCCAAAUACAAAGUGGAGCUCCAACCGGCCGAAGGCGCCGUACAGGUCUCUGACGGGAACGUCAACGUUUUGGUGUCACUGACAUCGGCCGUGAUGCGCGAACCCACAGAGGGCGGCGACGUAAAGCGCGACGACAAGGACGUUCUCCCGCGGCAGAAGUGUUUGGACGCGUUGGCCGCGCUGAGGCACGCCAAGUGGUUCCAGGCUAGAGCGGCGAGCCUGCAAUCGUGCGUUAUCAUCAUUCGCAUUAUGCGCGACCUCUGCAGGCGCAUUCCCAACUGGACGCCGUUGAAUCCCUACGCCAUGGAGCUGCUGGUGUCGGGGGUGAUGCAGUCGGCGGGCGCGGCGCUGUCGCCCGGCGAAGCGCUGCGGCGCGUGUGCGAGGCCGUGAGCGGCGGCCUGCUGCUGGACCACGGCCCGGGGCUGCGCGACCCCUGCGAGAAGGACGCAGUCGACGCCCUCGGCAACCUACCGCCACAGAAGCGUGAAGAUCUGACCGCAUCUGCUCAGCAAUUCCUCAGGCAGAUUGCCUUUAGGCAGAUCUACAAGGUGCUGGACAUGGAGCCGCUGCCGAAGCUGAAGCAUCUGUCGGGCGGCUGGAAGUUCCCGCGCAAGCGCAGGCGCUCCCUCUCAGACCACGACAACGACCAUAACGGUGAAGGAAAAGUGGUCAAGACCGAAGAAAAGAUGGACGCUUCGGAAAACGCAAGCGGGAAGAAGUAGAAGCUGUUUGAUUUGGCCGCGGACACCGUCGCGCGCCCCCUUCUCCAGAUUCGGAAUAUUUUAAUACAUUUGUAUUUGUGUAUGCUAUGUACACAGUUUAUUUUUCUGUCACACAAAAGUUUAUAUAGCAUGUCGCGGUGUUGAUCUGUCCAAAACAAGUUAGUCCCGAUUUAUUAGCGUUUAAAAUUAGGUAGAUGUAGGUUCUACUUGGAUUUAGUAUUUUGGUGGAUUUUAUUUUAUUAUUUGGUCAAACGAGUUGCAUGCGUUGUGUUGUGUGAAAUCUUAUUUGUUUAUUUCUACUGGAUAUCAAGCUGUCGAUGGGAUUUUGACCAUUCAUAUGUGAUAGACAAAUGCACAUAGUACUCCGUUUAUACAACUCAAAAUAUUACCCGUGACAAAAUAGUAAAAUGGAAUUGACCAAACAUGUACUAGAUCAGUAUGUAUAAUGUACGGUACGACUCGACAGGGAAGCCCGCGCCGGGCGGCUGAAAGCGUAGGUAGCUCGUAUGGAAUUAGGGAUCGUAAGGGUUUCUUUUUAUCUUUAGGAUAACAGUAUUUGACUUUUUGACGUGACUUCAGUUCCUCCAUUCGUUUUCUGCUUCGCAGCGCAAUUAAGUUUUUUUUGUUUUCUAAUUAGUUUAGUAAGUUGUAUAUUGAAAUGUAUGUAGACACCAGGUGUAUGUAGGCGUCAGGGUGGCACGAUAAACGGUCGUUUUCUAGUGAUGUGCAGUAUGAAUGGCAGAUUAUAUUUGCCUAAUCUUCAAAUCUGGUAAAUUAUAGUUAGUUUUACAGCAUGAAAGACAGAUUUUGCAUUAGUGUUUAUGAAACAUUGAAAACUAUCAAAAUUGAAGUUUAGGCAAAUGUAAGAGGGUGGGUGGGGUGCUCGUUGCGAUUAAUUUCGCGUCUGUCUGUGACGUAGUGUUAGUUAUCCUAGAAUAGCCACUAAUUUGGGGGCCUUACUAACGCGGUACUGGUCGGACGUUGGCCCCUGUGACGCGGAAUCUGAGUAUGUGUAUUGAUAGUAAUGCUCCAUUUCGACACGUUUCGUAGGUAACGAAAUACAUAAUCUCAAAUCAUGGUAGAUCAUGGUCAAGACAGAUAAUAUAUCUGUCAAAGCAAAUUGUUGAAAUAGAUUGAUUUAAUCAUCGAUUUUAAGACUAUAUGCUCUAAAUUUAGUUUCCAACGUGUCAAAUGGAGUAUUACUUGAGUCACAUCGCGUUAAAGAUGUAAGAUGGUGUGAUCUACUAAUAUAUUAUUUAUUAGAAUCGGGUUCUCUAUAUAAUAUGGACCUUUAGAUAGAUAUUGUAAAAUAUACACUGAUUGGAAUCUUACAGUUCUGAUGCAAAGAUUAUUUUGUCACUUUUUGUUUUGUAUUCUGUAAACUGUAUUUGAAAUUAACUGUCAAUAAAAUAAAAGUAAAAUAAA